AUGCGUCGAGAGGUGGCAAAGAGCUGUGAACGAAGCACGGUGUUAUCGGGUUCCACGCUCGUGGCUUAGGCAGGUAAGUACCGUUCGUCGGGCUACCUUCGACGAGCAGUCACGCCACAACCGUCGUGUCAGGUGUGCACGGCUCUCCCGAGGACCAACGGGACUAUCUUCGCCUCUUCCUCUUCAUCGCCAAACGCAUCGACUUUAUUUUCUUCCCUCCAAGAGAAAAAGGAAGGAUCAUGUGGUUGCCGAGAACGUGCAUCCUGCUGGGCCUGUUAGUUGCGGCGAAGUGCGAGGACGAGGGUGCCUCGACGGUGUUCCUCGAGGCGGCUAAAUCUUUCUUCUCGAACAAGGACAAUAUCAAUGGGCUUCAAGGCCUGGCAAGAGCGUUCUUGGAGUCGGAUGGAAGGAACGAGGCGAGCAACAUGUUUGAGAAGUCUAAUCUGGACAGCGUUGGGCAAAUCGUCUCAGGAAUAGGAAGUUUAUUCUCGGGGAACGAAAACGGUCAGGGUAUCGAUUUCUCGAUGCUCAGAUCGGUUCUCGAUGGGGUGAUCGGUUCGAACCAAAAGGAUCAUACCGAGAGAUCAUCGAGAGGCGUGGAAACGAAGCAGGAUCUUGGGAUCGAUCUAGAGGGGAUCGUGAACAUCGGAAGCAUGCUGAUGGGUCGAAACGGUCGAAAUUCCGAGUUGAUAAUGGGCUUGUUACCGAUGCUGUUGUCGAAUUUUGCCGGCGAGAGCAACGAAAUCGACGGGGCGCCGAGUAAAAUUCACGAUCACUCGGGCCAUUCUUGGUACAUGCCGCCGAUUCUGGAAAAUCUGCACGUGAUGUGGGAUCACUUCAGCAACUCGGAGUUGGGGCAAACGUUAUGGGAGAAGAGCGGCCUCGCGCAAUUUGUCGGGCAAAUGUCGGAUCCGGAGGGGCGUAUCCAAUACGAGAAACUGCUGGACAGUUUCGAGAAUCCAAGCUUGAGGCGGAAGUGGAUACGAUCGUUGACGAAUUACAUCGGGGAGUGGAUCUCGCAUAUCUCUGAUCCACAAAUUCAACAACGUUACCUGAACACCGUUCAAUUUGUGGGGAAUAGUUUCUUGAAGUCGCAGGGCUUUCCUAAAUCGGCUAUGUUCGAUUCGACGAGGCCGGCAGAGAGUCUUUCUAGGUUAGUGAAUGCAGUAGGAAAGAGACACUUGGGAAUGAAAAUGGACAGUUCGCAAUAUAUCAAGCCGGCUGUAGCGUACAUUAAGGAAUUAAUCGCCUUGGCUUCGGAGAAAGGGUUCAUAAUGUCUCGAAUAAAUGCCAAAGGGAUCAGCAAUAGGCUAAGCGAUAUGAUUAAUAACGAUAUUAUCAAUCCGAUAUUAAAGUCUUAUCGAGCGUACAAAUGGGCUAUAAAGAGGCCACAAUGCGCCAGUCAAAUAUUGUGCACCAUCAAUGAGAAGAAUGAAUUGGAUCAGGAACAACCCCGUCUUCGAAACGUUAUGUCGAAAAUGACCAGUUUUCCUGCUGCGUGGGCUGUCAGCAACAAAUUAGGAACUAAUUUUUGGACCCUGUACGGAGCCAUCAUGGAACACGAUAUAUGCAUCCAAAAGUAUCCAGCUGAUUGCACAGACUUCCACGAAGAGGAGAUCCGAAUUACCACGGAAAAUAUUCACAGUGAACUUUAAUACUUUUUUAAUUUAGUGUACCUUGUGAGAGACGAUUCACGAUUUUUAAAGUCAAUUUAAUGAAUACGCAGCCGUGUCACGCGACUGUGUAUUUUUAUCUAUAUAGUUUAUAAGAUUGUUAUUCGUUAAGGAAAGAAUGAUGUUUUAAAAAAAAUAUCGAAGACAAGGUUCAAAUGUCUCUGUUUCGUUUAAGUGUACAUAGAAGAACGCGAUAAGGACGCGAUCGUCGAAUAAGUAGAUCAUUAACUUUAUGAAUAUUUUAUUUAUCCUGAAAUUUUACGUGAGGAUUAUUUACCUUCUUUUAUACACAUCGUGUAACUUUUUUGGUUUCACAGUGCAAAAGAUUUUCUUGAUCAAUUGUGCAGUCACUAGCGAUCAAAUAUAUAUGUAUACGCCACUUA